CCAAGAAGCAUUCAUCACGUUCGGCUAUUAGACCUAACCCCUUUAAUUCCCCAAUAUUUCUCUUUUUCUGUUGUGAUAAUCAAUUUUGAAUUCCAGCUUCACCUCUCAAAUAUCGCCUCCUUCUCCUAUAUAUCGUGCCUUGCGUCCCUUAUGCUCCCCCCAUUCUCCAGAAACCCUACACUCCACUGCCGCCACCACUCAAUCUUACCGUCAUGUCGACCCUUGGUAGGCUCUACUACCUCUGUUGGAUGGUUCACUUCCCGACCACCCUUCUUAUCUUGUUUCCGAUCACAUAUGAACUUGCAAGAGUUUGGGGUUUUUUUUUUCUUCUGAAGCACAGAUGGUGGCCAAGGAUUUGAAGGUUUAGUGGAAGAGGUAAUCCCGUCCCCAAUUUAAGGUACCCUUUUCGGUAAAAUGAUUGUUAAAUACCAUCAUUAUCUUUUGGAUGUUAUUCCUUUUCACCAGGUAUGUUUAAUGGUUACCUAUUUUUCAUUUUCGGGAUUUGAAGAUCUACUGCUAUUUGAGUUUCUUGGUCAGGUUUGGUUCUUUCUGUAAUUUCUUUUAAUAUGUGGUGCUCUCUCAAGAAUGUAUCUUAUUCUUUGGAGGAUAUAAGAUAAACAGAUCAUGUUUUAUUUGGAUACCUCACCCUUUUCUGAUGGUUUAAAGAACUUUUCAACUGCUAGGAAUUUUUUAGUAAUUUUUGUCAAAAUGUAAGCUCUUAUUUUCAUUUUCAUAGACCUGGUGUGUGUACUCUUUGUGUUUCCACUUUUGGGCUCUUCAGGUAUGACUCUUCAUGUUUGCAAACUUUGUGAUCUACCAUAUAUACCCUUGGAUUGAUGAUCUUACUGUUUUUUAGGAGUAAUUGCAGAACGAUCUGAAAUGGUUGAUGUUCGACAGCCAAACUCUUUUGAGUGUUCUUUUUGUCCAACAAAUUCCAACUGUUGAUUCUGUUUCGAUCUAAGGAAAUGCAAUAUGAUCUCUCCACUACAUGGUCGAUCAUAUUUAUAUUAUGGCAUUAUUAUCAAGCAUCCAAAUAAACUAAUUGUUGAAAACCAUGUCAUUUAUAGUAGAUUUCUUUUAAUCUGCGAGGAACUAAGAAGAAGAAUUCAAACUGGAAUAGUAGAGGACACCUCUCUCAUCUUGAAAGGAAGGUUCAUGUUAUCUCGGUGCAUGUAAGUGUAAGGUGUACCUUUCUUGCAGAUUUGGCAGCCAUUAUGCCUUAACCAUGUUUUUGGUCCCUAAGGAAAAUGCACCUUAUGGAUGAUUCUGACAUAGAAAACCUAAUGAAGCAUUUUAUGGAUGAUUCUGACAUAGAAAACCUAAUGGAGCAUUUCAUGAUUCUUAAAUUGUAACCGUUUCAUUUACAUUAUUUUUGUCAUUCAGAUAAAUUUUAGUCAAAUGUUUCACAAGAGUUUAAGUAUUAUCAAUUUUUGUAAUGUUUUUAUCAUUCUCAUGUAUAAUAAAUAAAGCAUG